CUACAGCAAUGGCUGUCUGCCUUUGCGCAACUUUCGCGCAACUCCCAGAACCAGGGCACCACCAAAUUCACCCCAAAAUCCCUAACCAGACCUAACAUCCUGGUAGUCGCGAAGGUUCUCUUCGACUCCUCCAAGGAAGCCCCCUCUGGCACUGGUCUGGAUUCGACAUAUAACUUCGGCAUCCAUAGUUUCAUACAGGACCUACUUGUUGCAGGCCAGUACUGUCUGCUCACCCUCUUCACUAACUCCAACACAGGACAAUUACACUGCGAGGGACAUUCCCUCAAAAGGUCCAAGAUUAAUGUCACUGGCAUUUCCUAUCACCUACUUGACCUCUCGCAAUUCAAGAAGACACUUAAUAUGGACCCUUUAUCAUGGCAAGAAGCAUAUCAAUGUUAUCUCACCUGGAUCAAGGACAUCGGCGACACUGCCUCACAAGAACACUGGACCAAACAUUUCACCACCCUCUCCAAAGACGACGCAGUUCACAAAAACUUCUGCACCAUCAUUGAGUUCGAUGUUGAGACUUGUCAAAACUAUACUCUA